AUGGGGGCCGCAGGUCUUAUUGUUUCAGGUGUAGUCCAUAGUGGCUGGUAUCCUCAUGUAGCAAUUAGGCAGGGUCUCUGCUAUCUCAACAUUACCCAGUUUGCUAUAACACAUGCUACUAAACGGCUCCCUGCUUAUAAGUUCCAGGUCCUCAGUGUUGUCGUCUUCCCCGAGCUACGCAUCUUUCGUGAUCGUAACCAGUCUGAUGGAACACAUUCCCAUAACAGGCCUCCCUUGCCAAGUGGACAGCUUUGCCAAACAUUGAAAGUUCUUUAG